GACAAAGAUUCCGGGAAUUACAUGAAGCGGUGAACUUCUACAAUGCUUAUGCUAUGACCGUUGGGUUUGACGUGAGACAUAGCACAUUGGUGAAAGCACGUGACAAGACAGUUAUUUGGAAGUACAUUGUGUGCUCGCGAGAGGGUCACAAGCAUCAUGCAGUCAUCAGUCCAACAGUACAUGCUAAAGGACACGUGACAAGACGUAGGGUAUCCAACCGGGUAGGAUGUGCUGCCAAGAUUGGGAUUCGAUAUGAUGGAUUGAAUGGAUAUGUCGUUAAAACCUUUGAGGAAAAGCACAACCACUCGAUGACAUCUGAAGAUUGCAGGUCACAAAUGAAGAUCAAUAGGUCGAUGAAUGCAGGACAUCGGUCGUUCGUAAUGAAUUGCAUAAAAGCAAAUAUAGGGCCGGUCAAGGCGCACCGAUUGUACAAGGAGAUGGUUGGAGGGUAUUCGAACGUUGGAGCCACCAGCAUGGAUUUCAAGAACUUAAAGCGGGAACUCCGUGCAUACAUCUUAGGAGCUGAUGCACAAUUGAUUAUCGAUAAAUUCCAUAAGCGUCGGGAAGCAACCUCAGCCUUCUACUUCCAGUACGAGCUCGACGAAAAAGAGCGUUUUAAAUGGCUUUUUUGGGCUGAUCCGAUUUCGAGGAGGAACUACGGUUCGUUUGGUGAUGUUGUAUCAUUUGAUGCGACGUACGGCACCAACAG